GUGAACCAAUAGGAGAGACAGGAACUCAAGGGGCGUGGAUAAUUGCGAACAUGCGCACUGGUUUGACACAUAAGAGUAUGUAGGAUGGCAGGAACGCUGACGUCUCUCCUCCCAUCAACAGUUGGAUAAGACGUGUGACUAAGACAACUUUCCUGUACUGAAACCUUUGAUGAAACAGAAAGAGUAGACACAAGAGGAGUGCUGCCGAAACUUAUACGGAUUAUGGAGGAAUGGGAGCAGUUUGAGAGUGGAACACACCUGAGAAGAAGCAGCAUACAUGGAGAAAGUGUCACUUCUAUCCUAGUUGUUUAGAAAAUCUUCAUGUUUCUUCAAAUUUGCUGUAAAAACCUGCAGAGGGAGCGGAGCAGAAAAAGAUUGGAACAUGAAAAAGAGGGAAAUAACCCAUGACGGGAAUAACAACAAGAGUUGGAGACGUGGGUGAUGUCUUGCUUUUUUCACAAAUACUUUUUUCCGUCCUUCAGUCUGUCUUUAAAGCAACAUAUUAUAUAAGUCUGUGUGGAUUCUACCCCCCUUUUUUUGCGGAAUAUUUUGUGGCGUACUCUUUGUGGAUAUGCUUUUCUUUGACUUCUGUAUGUGACACACAGCAGUUUGGUUCCUAGAUGUCUGAUUCACAUAAUCCGGCAGAUACUCAGGGCUUGCUGCAGUCCAUGCUGCAGAGACUGAAGCUCCAGCCAGGAAGAGACGGCCAGUCAUUCCCACACACCCCCAGGACGACCACAGCUGCUUCCACAUGGAGUCAAAAUGGAGACGGUGAAGUAUCCAUCCACCCUAUCAAUGGGUUUGGUAUCAAUGGUGUCCCUUCCAAACAGUUCGGGGUCUCUGCUGCCCACAGUUAUGUUGACUUUAAAGUUGGGGAAAUGCAGCAACCACGUCAUGUCUCUGGAAUGGACAAGGGUCUCACUUCCGUACCCUCCCUGAAAGACAACACUGAUAAUGAUUUGGAUGAGAACAGAGUGCUUGAUGAAGUCACAUCGCCUGACAUCACCCCAACAGGAACAGGGCAGUUGUUUCCUGCUAAAUCACCUAAAGGUCAUAAUAUCGCUUCCUUUGAGGAGACUGUUAGAGAAAGAGUGACAACUGCUAAUUCUACAACGAUAAAGCACAUUUCUGGUGAUAAGGAUGCUGUUGCAAACAUUGAACAGAAUCAGAUCCGGGAGCAGGAAACGGAUCAGGAUUUUACACCCAAACUCUACACAUGGUCCCUGAAACCCACACAUGCAAAUGUAGACACUGGAAAUGGCGAGAAUAAAGUGUUGCAUAUGGGAAAUGGAGGUUUUGGGGCCUUCGAUCAAAGGACAGACAUGCAAUUUGUUGCAAAUAGCCAAACAACAAAGAAUAGCAGCUCAAGAAGAAAUCAGCAAUCAUCUGAGAAAAAAACAAGGAGGUGGACGCAGAAGAUUAAGGAGAGGUGGUUGGACAGGCCGGGGAGUUUUGGCAAAAAGGGAAAGGCAAGAGGUGGAAAUGUAGACCACAAAGUUGAACAAGGAACUGAGAGUUUACCUCAGAAGCAAGAACAGACGGCAGAAAAUCUCAUCAGUUCAGCAAAUAGAGAGGAAGGAAGGAUCCGCCUCCUAUUAGACAGCAGUGAUCCCAGUGAAACCCUUCCUUCACUCCCAGAGGAAAGCACGCCUGUAGAGCGAGUCAGGACAUCUAGUGACUUUGACCUUUGUCUGGGCUCAUUCAGCCUCCUGGAGGAGAUUGUCACUGGUCAAGAGUGGGCUAAGUUUCUUGACCCCAACCUCACAGCCUCCUCAGCUAAUCACACACCAAGAGAGGACCCGCAGAGCCAAUUCACAAGCUCACCAACUUCUCAGGAUAGUGGUCUGUCGUCUCUGAUAUUGAACCAACAAGGAGAUGGGAGCAGUCAGUGGAGCUUCAGGGCAACCGAGUCAUCACCAGCUCCAGAAUUCGGUUCAGCAGCACAAGAAUCACUUCAUGCAUUUCAGCCCGUCAGCAUGGACGUGUCCGAGGUCAAACAGCAGCAGGAAGUUCACAGAGCAACCGAUCGGUCAGAGCCAAUGGAAGACGAGCAGUCAGGACAGAGACAGAGACCUCCAUUCUUUGUAGAGUCUUCACACACCGUGGUCAACUCAGCGCUGAAGAAAGUCCCCCUGAACAGAAAGAGACAGCACCAGUCAGCUGAGAGGGGCGAGAGGCUUCACUCUGAGAAAACAGGUGAUGGAAAAGGAGUUUCUUCACUGAUGAUUACCCAGAGUCAUAUGAUGGAUGAAACACAGCAUGAUUUUCUCAUGCCUUUAAACACCAGAAACUUCACUCCUACUCCUCUCUCUCCAUCCUUUAAACCCUUUGCUCCUCCACCUCGGGGAGUCCUGAAGCAGUCCAUGUCCCUGGAUUCAGAGUCCUCGGUGGAAACGGAGACAAAAAGGAGACGGGUAGAGGAGAAUCGUCGGGUUCGUUUUUCAGAGGAGGUGUUAACCAUCGACCCUCCAGAGCUGGGUGAUUAUGCUACAGACUCAGAGGAGGAUUCAGGAGCAGACAGUGACUCUGUGAUAGAGCACGAGUGUGAGGAGGAGCAGGCAGUGACAGAGGAGGCAGCAGCGGCUUCAUCAGUAGCACGUCGGCCUGCUCUCCCCGCCUGGAUAAAGGCUCUGAAGAGGAGGAGCACGGGGAGGAAGCAGAGUUACGAUCUGUGAAACUAUGAAAAAAAGAAAAAAUAAUUUGUCUCACACCUAAAAUAAAGAGAAAAAGAAAAUAAAUGAGGUUGAGAUGGUUUGUCUUACACCGUCUUCAUCUGGUUUGACAUGUUUGAAAUAAAUGACAGAUUUAUUUUCAUCCAAGGCCGAUGAUAUCAUAGUAUUUCUAUAAAAACAUUGAAUAAACUACAUGAUCGCUU